UGCUUGAAAAUGGCUAACGCCAAGAAUCGCGAUUUUUUGUUUGGGAAACGUGCGUUUUAAAAACACAAAUUUUCUCAAUACGCAACCCUUUAAAACAUCCAAUUGAAUAAGAAACAUUGAAAUUAAAUUAGUGGAAAGCAUUUGUGAAUAUUUUAAAAAGUGCGUAGUCUCUAGUUAGUUGAAAAUAACCAGAGGAAAUAUUUGCUAUUGGAAGCAAAUUUACGAAGUGAAUUUUGUUGGUUGUGUGCUUCUCAGCCACGGUUGUGGUCGUCAUUGGUUGGUCGGUUCUGCGAGCGCUGGCAAAUAUUUAGUUUUCCAACAGUACCAAUUUGUCUUACGUGCAAGCAGAUUCAAAUCACCAAAUGUUUCGAGACAGGAAAAUGCAGAGAUUUUAAAGAACAAUGGAGUCUUCAAACGAGCAAGAAGUGGACAAAACUAAUUUUUUAGUCGAUUCAGUCGAAGGGCGCUCACAAAAUAGCAAUCUAAUAUGUGAAACUCAUUUGAAUUUAAACGAUGAUUCUCAAGUUGGAUUAAAUGGUGAAAAUUCUCGGGAAACGUGCAAUCAAUCCAAUGACAAUAGAGACAUGAAGCAAAAAGAUUUACUCGUAGUUGUUAAAACAGUUGAAAGUGAUUCUACUGAAAUAAAUUCAGAAAUUAAUAAAAACCCAGAAUCAACUACAGAUCAACGCUUACUGAAAAUUACACAAGAUGGCGGGCAAAUCGCAGAAUCGUCUACAUCAAAAUUUGAAGACACUUCUUUCGAUGCCAUAGAAAAAAAGGCAGAAAAAGAUAAGUCCUUUCAAGAAGAGAUGUUGCGACCAACCGAAAAAACAGGAGAAGACUAUAAAAAUGAAGCAGCGGAAAUCACUCAACAAAACUACGAAAAUACUCUAAGAAGCCAGAAUCAGGACAUGAACACGGAAAGCAACACAAACGCAGAAAUCAACAACAGAAAUAAUACAAGUAAACAAGAUAACUAUGGCGCAGACACGAGAGAUGCAUCAAAGCUCGUCGGAGAAAAUAAACAGGUCCAUGAAGAUGAAGAGAGUAGAAAAGAUUUAAAACGUUAUAAAAAUGAUAAUGAAAACGAAUACAAAGAUAACAGAGAUGAAACCGAAUACAAAUACAACAGAGAUGAAUUUACUAUAGACGAUGGGGAAUGCAAGGAUCAUAGAAAUGAAUUUGCUACAAGCGAUGACGAUUCCUUUCAUAGUAUUAGUACAAAUGAAACUAAUACCAAAGUAAGCUCACCAGAGAAAAGAAUUGAAGAUUACGUUAAUGAAAAUCCUUCGACUAUAUUAGAAAUAGAUGAAGCCAGAGAUAUAAAUGAAGUAAAUGAAGAUGAGAGUCAAAAUAGCAACAUAAUUAUUGAUGUUGCAAAAAGUGGUUCAGACAAAGGUGAUGUAAAGACCGUAAGGGAAUAUGAAGAUUCAUCGCUAUCUAGAUUCGAAAUUGAUGAGAGCAGCAAACAAAGUAGUUUUGAAGAUGAAAAAGACGGAAUGGAUAACGGUAUACACCAAGAAAAUAAUUCAAAUCUCCAUGUUUUUGACAGCAGCAGCAUAGAUCAAGAAAACGAAAAUACGCUAUCUGAUGGAAAAUUUGUAAUAAAUGACAAAGAAUCAAAAAUAGAAUCGAGUGCUUUAGAGCCAGCUAAAGUUGCAAAGUUGAAUGGUGGCCAUAACUUACACAUUUCUCACAAAUCGGAGUCUUCUGAAUUAGAAAUACGUAAAGAGAUAGAAGACGAAACUAACGAAACUAGAGUAGUGCAUGGCAUGGAGGAAUCAACAUCAGAUGAAGUUCUGGUUUCAGAAAGAUUUGAGGAGUCAUAUGAGAGCAGAGAUGACAAUAUGGAUGUUGACAUUGACCAUAAACAUGAAGCAACUUUAUCUAGUCAUUCAAUGAAUGUAGUAAGUGAUCGAAUUAAGCAUGAUUAUGACGGAGAACACAGUAAUUGCGGUUCUCUAGCAUCAGUACCAUCCAACUCAACUGAUACAUCGUCUUCGCAUCUGUUGGUUAUCGAUCACCCAAUGGAAGAAUCCGAUGCUGGUCUAUCAGUUGCAAGCGUCGGAGUUAAUACAGGUGUUUCACUAACGCAAGCACAUGAUAAGCCCAACAAAAAUGCACUCAAGUUGUCACUAAAGAGAAAAUUGAGUAACACCAGUGAAACUGGCCUAUCGCCACAUCAUAAACAAGCACACAUAGAUACAGAAGUGAAUGAGAACGCAAAUUACAACUCACCAUUUCAUAGUGCCCAAACUGAAUCAUCGCCGGCACAGAUCACACUAGAGCAGCAAGCACCAGAAGCGUCAAGAUGUAGCCAAGGUGACAAAAAUGUUGAACAACCAUUUAAGUCAUUGCUUUUACAGCAUUUACAAAAACCAUACAAUCCACCUCCUCCUCCGGAAAAAGCUGUCGAUUUUGCAGCACAAUCUUCAUUAUUCUCACAAAAAUUAGAACGAACUAACUUUGAUAAUAUUCCCUCAUCGUUGUCCACUCCAAUUCAAAAUAUUACAGAAAAUACCUCCAGUCCUACUAGAUAUCUAUGUUUCAAAUGUAAAACGGGAAGUUUCGAUUCUUUCGCAGCUUUAAAUGAGCAUCAACGUGAAUGUUUAGCGGAUACACGUCUGCUGCCUGAAAGAAUAGAUGAAGUUACCAGCUUAUUGCCUUUAGUAGUUGCCCCUGUUCUUGCAACACCACCGUCCUCGGCAUCACCAGAGGCUACUGUAGAUGUGGCUGCGAGUAAUGCAACUUCGCAAACACCAGCACCAACAUUCACAGCGCCAUCCAAGGAAGAAAAAGAAAUUCAGAAAAAACGUUAUUACAAGUGUUCCAGUUGCAAUACAUUUCACGAAAAUUGGAAUCUAUUUUUGCACAUUCGCGACAAACAUCAGCGACAUAUGUGUCUCUAUUGUAUACGUUUCUUCCCCACAGCAGAAAAGCUGUCAUUGCAUUUGGAAAUAAAACACGAUCUCGAGCAAAACCAUUUUACCUCGUUGGAAGCGCUGAGGAAUAGUGUAUCUAAAUCCAACGGUACUCCUACUGAGACACGGUUCCUAAUGUGCUGUACAUGUCAACAUUUGUUCGAAGAAACAGAACCUUUCUCUGACCAUAAUUGUGCCGAAUUCAUGGUACCGUGUACUCUUUGUGGACAGAAAGGUCGACACAGCAACCAAUGUAAGGCACAUCCAGAUGCAAAGCGAUCUUCAAAAGCAAAGAAAAAAUUAAAGAAAUCAAUUCCGGAUAGAAGUCACAAAACGCUUCUGUCAGCGGCGCUUGCUGAUGGCUCUUCAAAUGCGACACCCAUUUACUGUGAUAACAAUCUUUACAAUCAACAUGCGCCAGUGGAACCAACUGAUGCGUUAUCAGCACCAGCUCCAUCUCUACAUGUCGAAGACAGUAACAGCAAUAGUAAUAUGGUCAUUGAUGAAUCCUGCACAACAACGCACAGUUCAAUUGUGAACCCAUUUAAGGAACUCGAUGAACGUUGGCGUUUGGAGCAACAAACACAAAAUCAAAGCGAAACGAAUAAUUUCCCUGCUAGAAAUAACUCGCCUGUGGAGCCAAAAUUAAUAGUGCCGAAGUUUAAAUUAAGGGUUCCGAAGGAAUUUCAAAAGUCUGUUGAUGUGGCGCUUAGCUCCACUGAUAGCGAACCGGAUGAUGACGAUGAGGAAAACGAAGAGGCGUAUAGUGAAUUUGCUGGCCAAGGGCAACCUACAAGUGUCAAAAACCGUUAUAAUGUCGGAAAUACAACACCGAGUUUACAUAAUGAAAGUUCAAAUAUCGAAAAUAAUAGUGUUACCGAAACAACAUUAUCACAAAGGAGAACAGAUGGGGAAAAUAGCCAAGAAAGUUGCUCGGUUGACAAGGAGGAAUGGGUGGAUGGACCGAGCUUAAAUCUUGAACGCAUCCUGCAAGAAAUUGAACGCACUAAAUUAGACAUUCAGCGUACAAAAGAAACACUGCAUCAUGCACCAAAGGCGAGGCCAGACUUGCCUUGCCAACCGUUGGACACGUCGGCACAAAGCACACGCAACUGGACUCCAACCCCACCAAUUUCUCCGAAACAAAUGCGUUGUCCAACACCGCUUGAGAUCCAAAACGAUACUGCUGAUACAAGUGACGAACAGUUAAAACUAGAACAACAACAGCAACUGCCGAAUAUAAAAUCUCUUCACAGAAAGGACUCCGCUGGUAGUGAUGCAAUGGAUAUAGAUGAGACUAUAACAGGAUCGACGCCGCAAGAACCACCAAGAGAGACGGAAAAUGGGCACUCGUUAGUACUUCCGGGUAGUAGUAAUACGGUUCAGGAAAUAAAUACUACAUCGGAGAGUAACUCAACUGUGAACAUAUUGAAUAGUAGCGCAGAAGAUAUAGCCAGUCCGAAGACAGAAGAACAAUUAGUAGAUAAAGAACAUCUUACCUUGAAGGAGGAAAGCGCAACGGCUCCUGGCGAAAGUGCAACGAAAAUGGAAGUCGAAGAGACAAGGGAAAUAAAAGCAAAGUUGGAUGCAAUACCAACGGACGGUAUUGAGGUGGCUAACGAGGAUGUGCUACCUUUGGAUUUACAAUUGGAUCGCCCAUUAGAAAAAAUAGAAAUUGUAGAUUUCGUUCGUUUAUGUCUGAAUACAGUGUAUCCCUACUGCUUAUACUGUAAUCAUGCGCGCCGUAUUGCGGUAAAUGGUCAAAGUCUCGUGCUGCAUAUGCUAGCACAGCACCGGUUUAGUGCUACGGUAGAUAGUAUAACAGCAGAAGAACUAAAACCCGAAACUAUUUGUGCAAGAUUGAAGACCUUCCUGCCGAUACUAGAAAAUGAAUUUUUCAAUUCAGGGAGUUACUGCACAAUGGGAGGUGGUACGUUCGCUCGUCACUUCAAUGAGAGGAUUUUUGAAUGUUUUCAAUGUCGUUUCGCCACAUCAACCCAUAAAGAACUGUAUUUACAUAACAGGAAAAUGCACUUAAAAACAGCAAUACUUUGCUUUAUGUGUCGCGCUAACUUUUUUAGUUUUAGUGAAAUUUUGUGCCACAUUUGUCCAGGCGCGCCAAACAAAACAUCUGUAUUCGAUGUAAAGUUCCGUUGUUGUCUUUGCGAAUUAGACAACAUCCCUUCACCUUUUCGCUUAAUGGUACAUUUGCGCAAACGCCAUUUCGCCUGCGACGUAUGCUUGGAAGAUUGUCGUGAUCAAGGUCGGCUAUCGUCACACGUAUGGAAGCAUAAAUUACAUCACGUUUGCUAUCGCUGCGGUAUAGCUUAUCGAAACAAAAUGGAUAUUACCAAACAUCUUUUUUGGAAACACGGCACGGAAAGUAUAAUUUGUAAGAGAUGUUUGCAAAAACGAUGGCGUCAUAUAUAUCACUUUUGUGUGCCUCCGAGCACAUUCACUUGUGAUGUGUGUAACCUGUGCUUUUCAAAAGCCAUGUAUUUAAAAGUACAUAAACGUUUGCAUAACGGUGAUUUACGUUAUCCUUGUACAGAGGAGAAUUGUGAUGAAAAGUUUAUAUCGCGUAAGCUACUACUAAAGCAUACUGCAUCACAUCUUCAGGAAGAAAUGCAUGCAGCAGCUUUGGAACAAUCAGUAAAUCAAAGCGUUGGAAGUAAAUGUACAGAAGAAGAAAAAGAGUCUGAAACUGUGAAUGAUAAUGAAAAGAGUGAUCUCAUUGACGAGGAAAGUAAAAAAGAUAAUAAAAUUGAUAUUAAAAAAGAAAGUACCGACACUGUCAGUGAAACACGAGGCAACGUUAACCAUGAAAGAAGUGAUGGCGACUUCAAAGCGAAGGACGAACCUAAUUCGAAUACGAUUUUAGAUGUAAAAAAUAUCGACUUUUCGAAAGAAGAAACUCCAGCUGCUGACAAAGAAAAUUCGGAAACACCUCGGAAAAAGAAAAAGAAGAACAAGCGUUCCAAAGAAUCUCUGGAAGAUUUAAAUUUAAUUGCACCGAAUCUUUCCGAAACUGACAGUAGUGACGAGUCCGAUAUGGACAGCAAAUCUCGAGGCGAUGAAGAUUCUUUCGUUCCGAAGGUAAUGCUAUCACCGCCUUCAGACAACGAAAAUGGUUCAGAACAUGUAAAGAGAUCAGUGUUAGGUGGUCAGGAAGAUAGUGACGGGAGAGAAGCGUUUGAAGAAACAGAUAAUGUUGAAUCCAGGGGUACUGGCAAAGUAUUGGAAAUUUGGAAAAACUUUUUGCAGGCUCAACAAGGUAGUGCCAAUGCCAAUUCUGAAAGUGGAAAAGAAGCAGUACCUAAAAGUGAAGCAGAUUUUGACGAAGAUAAUUAUCCAACACCACAUCGAUUGCAUGUUGUUUUUUCUGACCACGACUAUUGUCAAAUGUUCCGUCCACCUCCGGUAGCGCCACCAACUAAUCCCUUACCUGAAAUUUCGCCCACAAAACGCAAUAAAGUAUCGAAAUCACCCAGACGCACAUCUAGCCGUCGUUCUGCAUCGAGUUCUUCCAGUGAUUCUAGUUCCAGCUCUGAUUCAAGUUGUUCGUGUGGCUCAAAUUGCUCGUGUAGUUCUAGUGGUAGCGAUAGCAGUACGUCUAGCUCUAGUUCCGACGACAGCGAUUCAUCGGCUGCGUCGAACACAUCCCGUAAACGACAUCGCAAGAAAUCCGAUCGAGAACGCUUAAGAAAAAAGAGCGAAAGUGUCUCGCCACUUAAGAAACACACGACAUCAGAGACUGUAAAUGUUGUUGACGAUGAGCUAGUAAAAGAAGUUGCUGCCGAGGCUCCAGCAGAACGUUCACCAUCACCACCAAAAGAGCCACAAAUAUAUGAGUCAGAUUUAGAAACGGCUGAGUCAGAUACCGAUGAGGAAUUCUAUGACGAGCAUCCGCAAAAACUCGCCAACGAAUUACUGGUGCAGAAACGUGCCCAACUGAUACGGGAAAUUCGCUUAUCGCCAUCUCAUAAUUUUGAUAUUGUGGAAAACAGCCGACCGUCCACACCCUCGUUACCUGAAGACGUUGUUUGUGAAACGACGAGAGUAAAGUCAAAAAAGAAAAAACGCGACCGCAAAUCUAGCACCAAGGCGAACUGCGCAACGAGCUCAACAUCAGCAUCAGCGAGGGCGAAGGGUGAAAAGAAUAAAUUACUCAUUGAUAAUGUAAACUCAGCGCCUCCCAGUGGCGUAGAAGAUUUGCUCCGUUAUGAAAUGGGUCAACCACCACCUGCAAUAGCAGAGCUUCCUAUGGCGCCGCAACCCAAUAUCAAUAUGCCGUACGCGUCCGUCGACCAGCAGAUGCCUGGACAGAUAGUACCAAACCUUCCCAGUAGAAUGAGUGAGGGUAGCAGUUGCUCUGAUGCGGAUGGCUCUUUAAAGAGAUCAAAGCGCGCUCGCCGUCCCAAUAAAUUCUAUGGCUAUACAAGUGAUGAUGAUGGAGCUGGAAUUAACUUGGGACAAACAUUGAUGAUUGGCACUCGAGCAAUCAAACCGCAACCACCGCCCCCAAUGACAUGGAGGAAAGAAGAUUUACCGGCGCCUUCAAAAAGCAUCUUGAAUCCAAAGAAUAAAAACCGCAAACCGAAAACACCCGGUACACCAUCAAAUUCGCUAAGUGGAGAUUCAUUCAACUUAUCUGCUUCUACUUCAAAGAAAAAGCGUUCAACUGAAAGCUCUGAAAAAUCAUCGACUCGUAAACGUCCAACAAAGAAAACAAAUAAACUCCCGCCUAUACCCACUCUUAAAAUACGACCGUUGCAGCUGAGCUUAAGCAAUGAUGUUUCAGCCAGUGGUUCCGAACACUUUCCAACACCCCAAGUGUAUUCUUCUAGUAAAGAUACAGAUGACGACGAUGAUGAUGAUGAUAGCAGUGAUACUUCUUCUGAAGACGAGGCGGGUGAUCUGCCAGUACAAGCCAAUGCAGACUUAUGGAGUAACCCUGCGCACCUGCCGGCUCCAGCGCCCGUUUCGCACACACCGCUUCCACAGGCCCCUGUGCAACCUACGCCGCAGGCAACAGUGUUUAACCAUAGGAUACCACCAGCUCUGUUACCUAAUCCAAAUUUCGAAACAUUGCAGUAUUUUAAAGCCAACAAUAUACGCUAUCCAAUACGGCCGCCAGAUGGAGCCCGUCAGCCGCGCGAAGGUGAAUCGGUAUAUUGCUACUGUCGUUGUCCCUAUGACGAAGUGUCGGAAAUGAUUGCUUGUGAUGGCGACAAUUGCAUUAUCGAGUGGUUUCAUUUCGAAUGUGUGGGCAUCAUGGUUGCUCCGCACGGGAAGUGGUUUUGUGCUGAAUGUCGGCCCAAAUACUCUGAAGAGCUGUAUCCUACUGGUGGCGGAGGUGCUGUAUAAAAGAUUGCAAGGACCAAUAAUGAAUAUAAGUGAUAUAACAGAAUAGAAAUUUUCAAUGAAGUCCUAAAUACGCUUAUUAAUUAAUAAUUUCCUCUAUUAUAACUUUAAUAUUAAUAUUAAAAACUGUUCAAAAAAAUAUUAAAUAUAGUGUUCUAGACUUAAUAUAAUAUAUAUCGACUUGGGAGCUGUUUAACAUUUCGGAAGGUGUUCAAAGUUUCGCUUUAAUUUUUAAUGAUAAAAGGGAGUAGAUGAAAUGAAAAUGUUUUUAAAGUAUAUCCGAACAGUAUCUUGGUUCGGUGAAUAACCUACAUAAUCAGUUAAAUUUAUUUAAUUAUAAUUCAAAUAUAAAUUAAACAUGAAAUUAAUCUCUUUAAGUAAGUUGCUUAUAAAAUGUAUAAUUUAAAUGAUAGAAAAAGCUAUAAAAAUGCUAUAAGAGCAUUUAUAUAUAAUAUCACUUUUGUUAGAUUUAAUCCGAGUUGAUAUUGUGGAUUAAGUUUGUAAAAAUUAUGUAUAAGCUCGUUUUAAGUUUUUCAGGAAGCCGCUGUUGAAUACAAUGUUUAUUGAAUUAGAUAACAGUUGAAAUAUAGUUUCGGCUUAUGGAUGCAGUCGUUCGAAGUUUAUAAUGAGGGAUUUCACGGUUUUUACGACAUAAAUUUAUUUAGUCAUUAGAUCUUUUGUAAAGAUGAAAACAUUGUGAAUUCAAAUGUGUUUUUUACGCUUUUCUUUGCCACGUAAUAUAACAAAUCUGGCAUACAUAAAUACAUUUAUACAUCAACUUAUAGUUAAUAAAGAAAUCAUUUGCCUUUAGCUCUCAUUU